UAGAUGUAAUCUUGCAUGUUGGCUUCCCAUUGUUUUCCUGAAUUUACAUAUUGAGUGCGAAUUACUUUGCUGGUUAUUUUUAGUCCAUCUAAAGAGUCUCAUUUAAAUAAGAAAAUCUAUCAAUUGAAUCAGUAAAACUAAAUAAUUUUAUCACUAUAUCAUGUCGGUAGGUAGAAAUAGUCCAGCAGGUUCAUCACAUGCUUUGGAUAAGAAUUUAAGGACUCCAAGUCCCAGAAGCAAUGUUAACCACAAUCAGUCACAUACCCAGACACAAGGUACUUCUUCUCCUUCAGUAUCCAAACACAAUAAUAAUAAUAAAGUUAAAACUGGAGGAGAUCUAUUCAAUGCUGAUGAAAUAUUAACGUAUUUAAGUAAAUCGUACGAACUGCAUAUACAAGAAGCAAAGAAGGAUAAAGCUGGUGAGAAUAUAAAAAUAUAUAAGUCACUUGAUGCAUCCAGCCCAUGGAAAUCAUCAUCUAGUAAACCCAAUAAUAGUAAUAAUUUAAAUAUUAAUACUACUUCUACUAAUAGUUCUACUUCGAAUUCUAACAAUUCUACUGGUUCAGGAAAUUCUACUCAUACUAAUACCUCUUCCAAUAAUAAUAACAAUAAUAAUAGUAAUAAUGUUAUUAGAAAUCAUGGUAGUACUUUAGAUAUACUAUUUGAAAUUAACAGAUCAAUAUAUCAAUCUCAACACUGAUUUGGAUUGGAAUUUAUACAGUAUAUGAUUUUUAUGCAGUUAAAGAAUAUGAAGGUUAGAACGGUGUAUGGACAUACAAUUCCGAUCAGUAUGCAGUCAAUCAGCCCGCAAUUAUGUUUAAGCUACAGUAGGGUGCGAGGCAAUCAUUAUAGUACAGUAGCAAAUCAAAUAAUCAAUGAUUCAAGGAUUCCUUGUAUCCGGGACCCGCACUGACCGGCGGGGUCAGGAGAAGCCCGCUCCUGUCAUCUCCGGGAUUUUCUAAAGUGAGUGAACACAGAAAAAUUAAACUCGAAAUAUGGGGUACAAUAUGGUAAAGUA